AUGCAAACCAUACUCGAGCUCACCACGCUAUACUGGUUGACGGAAACAUUUCCACGGAGUCUUUAUCCGUAUCGCCACCUGGCUCCAGUGCUAGCAUCCGGUGACUCGCUUUCAAUCAGCAAGUCUACGAUAAAGCCGUUCGGAUAUGCGGCAUAUCCCUUCGAGUGUGUUCUCAUGCCAAAGACAUGGGCACAUCAGGUGUAUCCCAAUUUAAUACAUUACAGUAGACAUGACAAGGGCGGUCACUUCGCAGCUCUAGAGCAGCCUGAGAUUUUCCUUGACGAUGUGCUCAGAUUUGUGGAACUAGUAAGGUCAAGGGGCAUUUUCGUGUAA